GAGCUGUUGUUAACUUGGAGGCCCUCAUUUCUCCUCAACUUCCUUAUAUAUACCCCUUCCUCUCAUUCACUUGUUCACAAAUUAACAAACACUCUUCAUUAUCAACCAACACAACUCAAAACAAAAACCAUGGACUCCAUUUUCACCACUAUCUUUUGCAUACUCUUCCCCAUCAUUCUCUCAACAAUCCUUCUCAAAACCCUCCUCAAGUUCCUCCCUUCCGGGUAUCGAAAACUCCCCCUCCCUCCGGGCACCAUGGGAUGGCCUUAUAUUGGAGAAACCUUCCAACUCUACUCCCAAAACCCAAAUGUCUUCUUUGCCUCCAAAGUCAAGAAAUUUGGUUCAAUAUUCAAGACACACAUACUAGGAUGUCCUUGUGUGAUGAUUUCAAGCCCUGCAGCUGCGAAGCUUGUGCUGGUUACAAAAUCGGAGCUUUUUAAACCAACAUUUCCGGCCAGCAAAGAAAGGAUGCUAGGCAAACAGGCUAUUUUCUUUCAUGAUGGAGCUUACCAUGCGAAGCUGAGGAAGCUUGUUCUUCGCGCUUUCAUGCCCGAAUCAGUCAAGAAUGUCAUACCCGAUAUUGAAUCGUUGGCAAUCGAAUCUCUUAAGUCUUGGGACGGUGGCCUAAUCAACACUUUUCAAGAAAUGAAAACAUACACGUUCAACGUGGCAUUACUUUCGAUCUUCGGAAAAGAUGGAAUUCACUACAGAGAGGACCUGAAGAAGUGUUACUACAAUCUCGAAAAGGGCUACAAUUCCAUGCCAAUUAAUCUUCCGGGAACACUCUUCCACAAAGCAAUGAAAGCGCGACAAGAACUAGCCAAAAUCAUCGCGAAUAUAAUCGCAUUCAGAAGAGAAAUGAAGCACACCUACACUGAUCUACUAGGAUCUUUCAUGGGUGACAAAGAAGGCCUCACCGAUGAACAAAUUGCAGAUAACAUGAUCGGUGUUAUUUUCGCGGCCCGGGACACAACAGCCAGUGCUUUAACUUGGAUUGUCAAGUACUUAGCCGAAAAUCCUAGCGUACUUCAAGCUGUCACAGAAGAACAAGAAGCAAUAGUGAGGUCGAAAAAGGAAUCCGGUGAAGAGAGUGAUCUUUCUUGGGCAGACACUAAGAAAAUGCCCUUAACCUCAAGAGUGAUUCAAGAGACACUCAGAGUUUCCUCAAUCCUAUCUUUUACAUUCCGAGAAGCUGUUCAAGAUGUCGAGUUUGAAGGAUAUUCAAUUCCAAAAGGAUGGAAAGUAUUGCCACUGUUUAGACAUAUUCACCACAGCCCGGAGAAUUAUUCAGAGCCUGAAAAAUUUGAUCCUUCAAGAUUCGAGGUUUCCCCAAAACCCAACACAUUUAUGCCAUUUGGCAAUGGGACCCACUCCUGUCCGGGAAAUGAGCUAGCUAAGAUGGAGAUUUUGGUACUUGUACAUCACAUGGCCACAAAAUAUAGGUGGUGUAUGAUGGGCCCACAAACAGGAAUUCAAUAUGCUCCAUUUGCUCUUCCCCAGAAUGGUCUGCCCAUCAGACUCUCCCACAAGUAGUCAUUUAAAACAGAAAUUUCAGGUCCAGAAGAACAUGCAGGGCAGGCCCUAUUGCAUUCUGUGCACUGCCUGCAACUUUCUAAAUAUAGAAACUUGUUCCAACAGAGAGCAUCAGAGAGAUGAGACAUUAGCCACGUGAACGUCGUGAUACUUCCUCUGUCUCAAUUUAAGUGUCGUUUUAAAAAUCGGGACGGGAGGAGUAUUUAUCAGUUUUGACAAUUUUUUGUAUAAGAGAAGUUGGGAGAAGCAAAUUGUAAAUAUAAGGAAUCAAGGGACACAGAGUAUCUUUUAAUCUUACUAACAGCUAGAAUAUGAAAAUUUGUGUAACAGAGUUAGCUAGGUUAUGCCAGUUUUAGUGUAAAUUUAGUUGAUUCUAUGUAUAAAGUCCGCAAGGCAUGUAAUGAGAAUUUUAUUUGUUCCGCUUGUA